AGAUGGUCUACUUUGCAUACAACCACCAGGUGGCUUUCGUUGCUCUCUUGGCAUUUGCAGCCAUAAAUUCAGAUAAAAUAUUCGAACUAAGUAAUGUACUGAAAAAUGGAGAACCGGGUGUAGAACUCUUAAUGGACGAGAUUCUAAAUAGGAAUGCCAGCUUAUACGAAGAAAUUGAAAAGCAUAUGAAUUGCCUGAAAACUGCAUACGUAUACGAGUACGGAGAGACAGCAUUUAACGAGAUUUUAAUUCGUCUGAAAAGUGGUAAGCUAAAUAUUUUGAAUCAUUUCUAUACUUAUCUACCAUCAUUAAUUAUUUCUUGUCAAUAUUCCUGGCUAACAAAUAAUCUUCUCGCCUGGCUUACAUAUAUUCACGCGUU